AUGCAAUUCGCGAAUUCAGUCCUUUUGAUUUUGGUAUGCAUUGGCGUGUUAUGCGUAUCGAACGCAGAUGGUGAAAUCUGUUCCUGUUCGUGCUGUGUUGGUGCAGGAUGCAAAAUGGUUGAAAAACCAGCCCUUUCAAUCCCAUCGUGUGCAAAUGAUGCGUGUGACACAAAAUGCAAGCAAACAUAUCCAGCCGAUUGCGGUAGUCCUCAGUCACAAAGCAUGGCAAUUUGUGUUUCAGGUGCUUCAAUCGUCUUUAGUCGAUACACUAUUUUCACCGCAUUCAUUCUUGCUAUGACUGCUAUGAAAGGCCUUCGUUUUUAA